AUGGCCAAUAAGAGUUUCGAUCAGACUGUGGUGGUGAAGCUACUUGGGAGGCGUAUUGGCUACACAACCCUUAAGAAUAAACUUUAUGAUAUAUGGAAACCAUCUCAACCCUUUCGCCUCAUGGACAUAGAGAACGAUUACUUCCUUGUUUCGUUGCGAACGCGAUUAAAUUUCUUGACAGCCCUCUCCGAUGGUCCAUGGACAAUCUUCAGACAUUAUUUGACUGUUGAACCGUGGUCACCUGACUUUUCCUCUUCACAGCUAUUUCCUCAUCGAAUUGUGGCAUGGAUCCGGCUCCCGGGAUUACCGGUAACUCUUUAUAAAUGUAGUCUCAUCACUGAAAUUGGCGAAUGCAUUGGGAAGGUUGUUAAAAUCUACUACCAAACAGAAACGGGGCGUCGAGGACGCUUUGCGCAAAUGGCGGUGAGCGUGGAUCUGGGAAAACCACUAACCUCGAAGCUCUUAAUUAAUGGUCGUGUACAAAUCAUUGAAUAUGAAUCAUUGCCUACCAUUUGUUUCUCUUGUGGCCGAUACAGACAUGUUAAAGACAUUUGCCCUGAAAACACAGUUGAAGAUCAACAAGAAUCUGCUGCUCCAAAAGAACAAGUUACUGAGGCACAAUUUCUGAAUGCCAACAAAAAAUCCAAACCCUUCGGACCGUGGAUGGUCGUUGAAAGAAGGCAAAGGAAAAACUUUUAA